CAUUAUUGCUGUUCGUAUUUCCCAAACUUGUUAAUAGUCGUCACUUUACACCUAACUCCUAAGUACUCGCGUGUUUCAAAAAAGUAUUUAGCAAGCUAUUGUAUUUUCAUUUCAAUUAUAUUAUAAUAUACUUGUUUUUUUUUGUUGAUUUCUAUUCGUAUUAUAAAUUGUAGUUUUUUAAAUUAUGGCAUUGGAUUUAAAAGAAAAAGGUAAUGCCGCGUUGUCAGCGGGCGAUUAUUUAUCGGCAGUUGAACACUACACUAAAGCUAUAGAUCUCGAUCCCAAAAACCACGUACUUUACAGUAACAGAUCGGCUGCUUAUGCCAAACAAGGAAAUUAUCAAAAGGCUUUAGAGGACGCUGAAACAACUGUAUCUAUUAAACCAGACUGGCCUAAAGGUUAUUCAAGAAAAGGAACAGCGUUGGCAUUUUUGAGACGUAAUGACGAAGCCACAAAGGCGUACGAAGAUGGUCUUAAAUAUGAUCCUAAUAACCAACAAUUACUAGAUGGCUUGAAAGAAGUCCGGCAACAAGCACAACCUUCGUUCGGAGGAUCAAACAACAUGUUUCCACCCGAAGCAUUCUUGAAAUUAGCUCAGGAUCCGAGGACGAGGGAUUUAAUCAACGAUAAACAAUUUAUGAGCUUACUAAUGGAAUGUCAAAGUGAUCCUCAAAAAUUACUGACAAGUAUGCAAGACCCGAGAAUGUCGGCUGCAUUAAGUGUUAUGAUGGGAAUAAAUUUGUCGGCAGACGAUGACAAAAUGGAAACUGAACCAUCUCCUCCACCAAAACCAAAAAGGGAGCCAACACCUCCACCACCUGAAAAAUCCGAAGACGACAGUUUAACAGAAGAACAAAAAGAGGCCAAGAAAGAAAAAGAUCUUGGUAAUGAGGAUUACAAAAAGAAAAAUUUUGCAGAAGCUUUAGCUCAUUACAACAAAGCCAUCGAAUUGGAACCGACCAAUAUGACAUUUUAUAACAAUGUUGCGGCCGUGUAUUUUGAACAGAAAGAGUAUAAAAAGUGUAUAGAACAGUGUGAAAAAGCGGUCGAGGUCGGUCGUGAAAAUAGAGCGGAUUUCAAAUUGAUCGCAAAAGCUUUCUCAAGAAUUGGAAAUGCUUAUAAAAAAUUAGAAGAUUACAAAAGCGCUAAAACAUAUUUUGAAAAAUCAAUGUCUGAACACAGAACUCCGGAAGUGAAAAAUAUAAUAUCUGAGUUGGAAAAAAAAAUUAAAGAAGAGGAAAGAAAAGCGUAUGUUGAUCCGGUUAAAGCUGAAGAAGCUAAGGAAAAAGGAAACGAUUUAUUCAAUAAAGGUCAAUUCGCGGAGGCUAUGAAAGCAUAUUCUGAAGCUAUUAUGAGAAAUCCCGAUGAGCCAAAGUACUAUAGUAAUCGAGCCGCCUGCUAUACGAAAUUAGCAGCAUUUGAUCUCGGCCUUAAAGACUGUGAAAAAUGUGUUGAACUUGAUCCUAAAUUUGUGAAAGGAUGGAUUAGGAAGGGUAAAAUUUUGCAGGGUAUGAAACAAUCAUCCAGAGCUUUGACAGCCUAUCAAAAAGCUCUUGAAAUCGACUCUUCCAAUGCUGAAGCCUUGGAAGGAUACAGAUCAUGUUCGAUAGCUGCGAAUUCAGAUCCCGAAGAAAUGCGAAAACGUGCUAUGGCCGAUCCCGAGGUACAAGACAUUAUUAGAGAUCCUGCGAUGCGACUCAUACUUGAACAAAUGCAAAACGACCCUAAAGCCUUAAGCGAUCACUUGAAAAAUCCAGAGAUUGCCAGUAAAAUUCAAAAACUGAUUGAAUCUGGACUCAUUGCCAUUCGUUAAAAGUUGAAGUUUUUAAACAACAUCCUUGUACAAACUUUGAGAGUUUAUUGCUCCACUUGCGAUGCUUUUUUCUAAAUUAUAAAUAUAUUUUUUUUUUUGCAAUGUCUAGAAUUUAAUUUUUAUGAUAUUUAGGUGUAUGUACCGUAUAAUUUAAUACAAAUUAAAAACUAUACAACUUAUAUAUUAUAUAAAAAAAAAAGAAUAAAGGCAUUUUUUUUAUGUAUUUACUA